AUGCGGUGGUCCACAGGCCUCUUGUUUUUGAUCGCCUGCGCCUGGAUGGCGGGGUGCCAGGCCAGCAACGAUGCCGAUCCACUUGCCUAUUCUUACCUUGAAGAUCCCGAGUCCAUUUCGGGUACUUGUGAUGACGAAUCAAACCUCUACUUUUGCUUCGAUCAAAACACCGUUUACACCACCAGCUGCGAUGCAAGUAGCCUCAGUCAAGCUACUCGAGCCUCCAGCAACUUCAUGUGCACCGGCGGCGCCAUCGACUACUCCCCUGGUGACACCCCCUUCCCGGGUUGCACCGGCGAUCGCGAAUGCAGCGCCGGCCUGUACUGUAGCGAUACCUGUCAAUUGGGCCUCUGCGGUUACGGCGUACCCGAGGGCACGACCCCCGACACUGCCAGCGGUGUUUCUGGUUACUGCCAGCCCUGUGCCCUCCUACCCUUUGACGACCGCUUCGCCAACUGCCACCUCAACCCCGUCUCCCCCUUGUUUGCGGGCAGCAUUGAAUCCGCCACCGGUCGCCCGGUCGAUGUCGUCUUUACCCCCGUCGAAAAUGACGGUGAAACUGGCGUCAACCUCACCAAUCCCGCCCGCCUGCACCAAGCCGUCGAUACGGAUGAACUAGUCUCCCCGCAGCGUAAUGAUGUACUGUACAUUGAUUCACUCUCCGAGGUGUACCAGGGCAGUACCUACAUCAACAGCUACGCAGUGCAGGUCGAUCAAGCCUUCAACACCCGGGCCUUGUAUAUCGGCCUAGGCGUUAGCCUGACGUUGAACAACCCUCUGUACAUUUGGCCCGCCGACACACAGCGCCUCUGCGUCGCCGGAGAAAUGGUCGGCUAUACCGACGAACAGGGCCAGGCCAGUUGCUUCCGAAACUGCCCCGACCGCUGCCUCUCCUGCGCCAUGUCCGAGAACAGCGACUUUGCACCUUUCUACUUUGCUGCCCGUGGCCGAGGAAUCGCCAGUAGCACCAUCGCCCCCGUCACCGCCCCUGUCAGCAACAAACAAGGUUGCUUUGCCAAGUGCGCCGACAUUAACGCUGCCCCCGGCACUGCCCAUGGCUGCUUUGGGUUUCAGUUUGACACCAGCACCCUCAGCUGCCGCAUCUUCACGUCUUACGCCCCAGACCUCGACACCGAGGCGACCAAUGUCGCCGACACAACUGAGGUGUACCUUCGCCAGGGUUGCCGCACCUGCAACCCCGGUACCGUCUGGAACAAGUAUGCCAACGCCUGCGAAUACAACUCGGUGCCCCCAACCCCCAUCCACGUCUCAGACGCCAACGACGAAGCCUACAUUACCGAAGAGUACCUCGUCUCCACUGCCACCACCACCGCCGAGCGCAUCCUCUUUACCAACUAUGUCCAAGUGCGCGACCCUGAUGUAGCGGUCUUCUCCGUCUACCCACAAGGCCAGGUGGGUAGUCCCUCGCCGCUCACCAUCCUCACUAGCCCCGUCGCCGACGCCGUCGGCAUUGUUCGCAUUGAUGUCCUUCUUCCGGCCAAAUCGACCACCGAACGCGCCACGGCGGUCACCACCUACCUGCCUGGUAGCAACUACGCCCUCGUUCUCGCAGUCGAUGAUGGAUUUGCCUCGUGUGUUGUGGACGGCAGCCCCCUUGUCGGUGGCUGCACGACACAGAUCGACCUUCUUCUUUUCGUGCCCUCGCUCGAUUGCCCAGCCUCGGCCCUCGAAUACAGCAACCCCCGUGAGGCCGUCGAGUUUGCCUUUCCUGACACUGAUGGCGACGGUAUCGCCGAUACUGUCACCGUGCAAGGACUUGACGAUGAUGUUGACGCCGCGCUUGACGCAGAAUACACCGACGACGCCUUCUUCGGUGUCAGCACUGGCGUUGUCAGCCUUGAACCCCGUCAAGAACCAUACACCUUUGCCUAUAUGUGGACCCACGCUGCCCUCCGCGGCGAGCUCCGCUGUGAGCGUUCUUUUACCGUCCUACAGGGCUUCUCCAUGGGUUCCUCAGUCAUCGAUCACCUCGAGCGCGCUCGUGCCCAAUACGACAUCUUCCUGGCCCCUGCCACCCUAAGCUCAAUCACGCCAGAUCUCCCUGAGUUUAAUGCCACCCUGAUUCAAAACUCUACCCUCAACUUUGGCGUCGUCAACGAUCUCAACACGGACAUUGGCAACAUUCCCUUCUCCCUCGAGGUUUCGCCCAACAACACUGAAAUCACCGUCACAUGGCAAUUGGAAUGGUGCACCGAGUCGGCUGCUGCCAAUCCGACGUACAUUGACGCUGGCAUUACCACGCUCACCCUCAACCUCAUUGACGGGGUCAUGAACGUUGGCAACGGCACUCUCUGGAGCACGGCCGAUGGUGCUUGCAUCCACAGCGCGGGUGAAUUACCCAUUCAGCUGCCGGACGACAUUUUCGAUGACGGCGUUACCCUCUACUCUGUUGGCGUCACGGCCAUCAACUUUUUUAUCCAGUCCAGCGUAGACCUGCUUGAUGAUGGCGCCACGACUUACAAGGCCGGUGCUGACAACCGACUCAUCUUCGUCUUUAAUGACCCCACUUUUGCAUCGCGAAUGACCAACGUCGAUAGCACGGCACCACGCAUCAUCGAUUGCCCGCAAACCAGCGAAAUUCUCCAAUAUAUUCGCGAAACAUUCAACCUGGAGAGCAACCAGGACGCCACCCUUCCGCUCGGCACCGACAGUGUGUUUGUGACCUGGGAAGUACCCAUUGCCGUCGACAAUGUCGACCUGGAUACCGAGGCCAUUCCCGAUGAGAAUCAGCCCGAGCCCAACUCUACCCUCACCGUCUAUGGGUCACCAUACUUUGUGCGCUACACGGCCACGGACGCAAGCGGUAAUGAAGCCGAGGCGGCAUGUGUCUUUGAGAUUCCCAUUGACCAGUUUGAUUCGCCACAGACGACCGUUGCGCUGGAGCAACAGGUGCUGCACACCACCAAUUUGCCCGUGAGCCUUUCAUCGGGGCUGCUCGACCUGAAGACAAAGACCUUCACCCUCCUGGACACGCCCAUCGACCCGUUGACCGCCUCUGUCAAUCAGAUGACCAAUCUCCUCACCUUGACAGCUCUCAAGUCUGCGCUCAUCCAUGGCAUCCACAUUCGUUCGCGGGAGGAUGCCUACAAAAUGCAGUUCUACGUCGAGCUCGCCAUUGACGAGUAUGCCAACAAGCGUGUCUAUUUGGAUGAUGCACAGGACGAGGGAAACCGUUACCUGCGAGACACGGACAUUCCUGCCGUCGUGGAAAUCAUGUUCUCCGGUAUCCAGGAGCCCACCAAUGGUGACGAAGCCCCCUAUCUGGAGGAUCGCUGGUAUAAGCUUGAGAGCGCCGUGGUGAGCUACAACGCCAUCGACAAUACAGAAGUCUUCAGCGGCUACAGCCCCAGCUUCGAUGUCGACUUUGUCUUCUCGUCCGUCUCGCUGCGCGUACGCUAUCCUAAGACCCGCGAGGUGACUCUCGCCACGAUUGAUGCGCAUUUCAAGCUUGAAUUCAUUUACACGCUCCACGCGGACGACAACGACAACGCCGAGCUCUUAGAAAUCGUCGACUUUGACCCGAAUCCCCCGGUCAUUUCCAGCACCGACCUUGCAUCCGGAGAAGCGAUACUCGUGACAGAUCCAGAAAAGCCGUACGCUACCUUUACAUACCAUAUCACGACCACGACCAACGACAAAACGACAAUCCUGUUGAACGGCAAGCGCGUCGAGGUUGUGGACGCUUCAGCCUUGAGCAAUAUUGUGAUUAGCCCUGAAAAUGGCACAGAACUUGAAAUCGAUGACGACGGCCACACCAUCACAGUCACUGCCACAGAUGAUGACCUCAACUUUGCCACGGCCUCGUAUAUUUUCAACGUGGUGGACAUUGAGCCGCCUCGCUUUGUACCUGGUUGCCCCCGCAGUGUGAGCAAGGUCGUGCCGGCCACGGCAACAAAUGGUGAAGCAGAAUUUGCCGAGAACGAGGUGUCUCCUUUGGAGAGUGAAAUCUUCGACAACGAUGAGGUCGAGGAUGUCACUGUUUUGUAUUACAGCCAGUCCUACUCGUACCUCGAGUCAGGCGCGAACGUGACCACCAUUGCCAUGGAUGAUCAUGACAAUCAGGCCACAUGCGUGGUCUUCAUCUACGUGACAGAUGAAACCCCGCCACAGAUCACGUGUCCCACAGCGACCAUCUCGCAGCUUACCACUGAUGCAUCUGUCACAGUGGAUUUGGAGAGAGAGGUUACAGUCUCCGAUAACUCGGGUGAGAGCAUCGAGCUCGUUUUCAACGUGACUAGCUUUGAGUUUGCCGCCGAUACUGAGACCUGGGUUCAGGUUUCUGGCACUGAUAGCUCAGGCAAUGCUGCCACCCCUUGCGUGUUGGUGGUAUUGGUGGAGGGAGUGGCCGGUGCGGGCGCCAACGCGGCGCAAUCAGCUGCUUCGGGCACGUCGUCGGUGAUUGUGGGCGCUGCUUCCGGUGCGGGUGCUCUCAUUAUCAUUUUAGCCAUCAUCGUUCUGUACGCCAUGCGAUCUCGUGCCAACCAGGCGGCCGACUUUCACGCCCUCAAAGCGCGCCUCGAGCAGGAUUCAAACAUGCAGCUUUCCAAGGAGCCGCGCGAGCUUAAUCGCGAGUGGCUCAUUGUCCUCAGUGAGCUGGGUCAAGGCGCCUUUGGCAUCGUCUAUGAGGCCUCUCUCAGUGAGCCCAAGGCCCCAGAAAUCCAGGUUGCCGCCAAAUCCCUCCGCAAAGACGCUCUGGACAACGAGCGGGAGGAACUGCUUGAGGAGGCCUUGGUCAUGGCACAGAUGGAGCAUGCCAAUGUGGUGGGCCUCAUUGGCGUCAUCACCAAGGGCCGCCCCAUCUACGUGGUCCUGGAGCACAUGCGUAACGGGUCUCUGAAGGACUACGUGAAGAACAAGACGUGUACACCGGCCCAGCAAGUGGCUUGGAGCCGCCAGGUGGCCAGCGGCAUGGCCCACAUCCACUCGCUCGGUUUUAUUCACCGCGAUCUGGCCGCGCGCAACGUGCUGUUGUCGGCAUCGCUGACGGCCAAGGUGGCCGAUUUUGGUUUGGCCCGUGAGAGCACGGAUGAUGCCUACUAUCGCUCGCGGGGUGGCAAUGUACCUGUGCGCUGGACCGCCCCCGAGUCGCUCAAUCAAAAUCUGUUCAGCGAGAAGAGCGAUGUGUGGGCCUUUGGUGUGCUGAUGUAUGAGGUGUAUACCAAGGCGGCUAUGCCAUAUACCGGUUGGAACAACCAACGCGUGUGGAUCGAGGUGACCAACGGUUAUCGACUCGAGUGUCCGCCUGAUUGUCCCAGCGAUGUGUACAAAGUCAUGUACGCGUGCUGGGCGCUCACGCGCGAAGAUCGGCCAACGUUUAGCGAGUUGGAACAGCGCCUCGGGGAGAUUGACGUCGCGGAAGAGGGAGGCGCUGGUGCAGCUUCGGCUGCAUCCCCGGCUGCGUCCGCUACCAAGACGGCGGUGGCCAACUCCUAUGUGGACGUACGAUUUGACAAGAACCAGGAGAAGGGAGGUAGCAGCAAUCCUGCCAACGACUAUCUGGAAGUGCAAAAUUCAGCAGAAAUGCCCAACCAGUAUGAGGAUGUAUUGGAUGGCGCCAGCUCGACACGUGUGGCCACGUCGAGCGACGUGGGAGCCCGGGUCACUGUGACGGGCUACGGCACGGGCAUGUUGCGAUUCUAUGGGCCCCAUCACGUGAAGCGUCACUUGCGUUGUGGUGUACACCUCGAUCAGCCCCUGGGCAACAACAAUGGUGUCGUGGGUGGUCAUACCUAUUUCAACUGCCCCGAUAAGCAUGGUGUUUUGGUGGUGCCGUCCAAGGUGUUUGUGCUUCUAACCGAGGAAGGUGACAACGCGUACGAGUACUCAAUGUCCGUGAGUACCAAUGGGCGGCCCUCGCUGGCGCCACCCGCGCCCGCCGACGGCGUCUACGAGGAGCCCGUGCCCGUCAAUGGCGUCGCCUAUGAUGUUCCAGGUCAAGGCCAGCAGGUUGUGCAGGGCAGUCGCACUGCUGGCACCAGUGCUUAUGAGCUUGUGGACCAGGAUCCCAAGAACAUGUACGAGCAGCCUGUGCCCAUCAGUGCGCAGGCCAGCCCCAAGCUGAAUCAAAGUGAGUACGAGUACUCGGCUGGCAGCAACUUGAAUGUGUCCGACAACGCCUAUGAAUAUUCGAGCGCCCCGAACCUGAACGCGACCACGGAGACGGAAUAUGAAUAUUCAGAAGCGCCGUCGACCCUGCACAAGCGACCCUCCGAAGUCUUUGAAGGCUUCAGCCACACCGCCCUGUAA